UCACUUCCGAGUUUCUCUACGCUCUUCUCCUCUCCCGACUAAAUCGAGAUCCAAUCUCGUGCCCUCCAAAUUAAAAUUUCCUUUUAAUUCAUUGGAUUUCUUCCAUCAGUCAAAAGGAUCAAACCAAGACCAAACCCUAGCUCUUUCAGCUGGAUCUUCGUUUGGAUGAAGAUCCUGCAGUUGGGGCUGAUAGUCGCUCUGACGACGGGCCUCUCAGCGCUCACCAUCUACAUCACCGGAGUCUCAAAUUCCGCUGGCGGCUUUAGGGUUUCGAGCGAUGAUCUGAGCGCUUUGAGUUCGCUGCAGAGUGAUUUCAAGAAGUGCGUGAAAGCAAAUGGCUUGGGUCUGCAGGCUAUUAGUGGCAGGGAUUAUUGUCAAGUUACUAUACAGUUUCCUAGUGAUACGAAACCCAAGUGGAGGGAUCCCAAAUCUGGAGAACUGGAGGGCUUAUCUUUUGAUUUUAAUCUCUGUGAAGCAGUGGCCACAUGGGGGCAGGUUCGGAACAGUACAACUAUACUCACAAAGGAGUUUAUUGAUGCUCUACCAAAUGGGUGGGAGGACUACGCAUGGCGCAGGAUCAAUAAAGGAGUUCAACUUAAUCGAUGUGAGAAUAAGACACUUUGCAUGGAAAAACUCUCUCUGGUACUUCCCGAGAUGCCACCAUUCAUCCCACGGCAGUUUGGUAGGUGUGCAGUUAUUGGAAAUUCUGGGGAUCUUCUUAAAACAAAGUUUGGAAAAGAAAUAGACGGUUAUGAUGCUGUUGUUCGAGAAAAUGGUGCUCCAAUUCAGAAUUACACUGAAUAUGUUGGAAGGAAAAGUACAUUCCGUCUUCUUAAUAGAGGAUCUGCAAAAGCACUCGACAAAGUAGCAGAAUUAGAUGAAACUGGGCAGGAGGUGCUGAUUGUCAAAACCACCAUCCAUGACAUCAUGAAUAAAAUGAUACGAGAAGUCCCAAUUCGUAAUCCCGUAUAUCUGAUGCUGGGUGCAUCUUUUGGUUCUGCUGCUAAAGGGACAGGGCUCAAGGCUCUUGAAUUUGCUCUCUCUCUCUGUGAUAGCGUUGAUAUGUAUGGUUUCACGGUGGAUCCAGGUUACAAGGAGUGGACAAGGUACUUUUCAGAAUCGAGACAAGGACACACACCAUUGCAUGGUAGAGCAUAUUAUCAGAUGAUGGAGUGUUUAGGACUUAUCAAGAUCCACUCUCCAAUGAGGGCAGAUUUCAUCCGGGUGGUAGAGUCGCUACCGAGUCAGAGUACAAUUGAUGCUGCACGAAGUGCAUCGGAGAAACUCUUGAGGAGGGUUGGAGGUGGAAAGACAGACCCAUGGCGUGCAUGUUCUAUCAUCAAGAAGCGGGAGAAGGAGAAGACUUCAAAUAUCGCUGGUGCUAGAGAUGCUGCGGUCGAUCAUCAAAAGUAUGUUAAAGGUGCAACAUUGUAUCCUUUGGAGCAUAGUGUCGGACAUGGAAUGCUCUGUAUUGUUCCUAAAUGAGAUAGCAUUUUGACAAAAUGGGGAUUCACAGCAUUUUCACGAAGAAGUUUCUGCCGUCGAGCAGUCACCUUAGGAGCCUAAGGUGACACGGUGAGCUUCAGCUGAUUUUCGUGCUCCCUGCCAGUAAGGAAGAGAAAUUUUCAACUAAUAUUAGACAAAAAUCAUCAGAAGAAUGAGAUGCAAAGACACACGAUUCCAACCUGAUAGCUGAAAUUCUUCAAGAUUUUUUAACAGAUGUGAAGGCGAGUGUAAUUGUUUGCUUCUUGAGUGUGCAUUGUAACUGAUUCCUUAAUUCAUUUUGGGCAGUGUCAUAAUCCAGAAUUUCAUGUUUUUCCAUCUAUGUUUUCAUACUUCGUCAUGGGUAAUAGUAAAUUAUUUCUAAAUUGUAAUUUAUAGAUUAUUGGGUAAUUAUACCCGGUUCUUUCUC